ACAGUGAAUACGAGGAAGUGGGUGGGCAGCAAACCAGGUUCACCCCUGAAGCUAUCGAAAAAUUAUGUGAGAACACUAAGUUCAACAAGCGGGAGUUACAGCUCAUGUACCGGGGAUUUAAACAGGAAUGUCCUUCAGGAAUGGUAAAGGAAGAAGCCUUCAAAGGAAUCUACGCUCAGUUUUUCCCACGAGAGAGCGACACUAGUCAGUAUGCCCACUACGUUUUCAACACGUUUGACCAGGAUCACAGUGGUUCAAUAACAUUUAAUGAUCUUGUCGCAGGAUUGUCUAUCUUAUCCCGUGGGACAGUCCAAGAAAAACUUAGAUGGGUCUUCAAUUUGUAUGACAUAAAUGGCGACGGUUACAUCACUAAGGACGAGCUGUCCAGAAUCAUCAGUUCUGUGUACGACCAGACGGGAAGACCAGUUGAUCCACUCGUUGACGACCGUGCGACAAAGGAGCACGUGGAACGGGUAUUUCAGAAACUAGAUCUUAAUCAAGACGGAGUGGUCACCAUUGACGAGUUUCUUGAUUCGUGUACACAGGAUGAGAAUAUCGCAAAAGCAAUUGGUUUUUUCGACACCGUACUGUGACAUUCCAACAUCGAAGUUCCCCAGAAUACUUACUGUUGUCGUCAGGUUGAAGUACUAUAGCUCUAGUAGCACAUUGGUGCCUCCGUAGAAUGAUGAAAUUCUGUACAUCAACAUGGAUGUUUAAACCUGUAUGUGUGUGUGUACGUGUGUAUCUUUAAAUACUUGUUGAAAUUCUGACCAAAACGUUUCCUUUAAAUGAGAAGCGGAAUCCAUCACCACUGUCUCUGUUGGCGACAGAUAAUGUCAUGGCGUCGGUUAAAUCCCACGGCGAAACGACAUACGGCGCAUGAAUUGAAACAAAAGAAACUUCUAUACAUAUACUUUUAACAUUUAACGGUCAGAUAGCUUAUAUAUCCGUAAAUAAAUGUUGUAAAAAUAGAUCACAGAAAAUAACACUUUUGUGCAAGAAGAAAAAGCAGACUUUUCAAUUUAGUAGCGCCAUCUUUUAACGAAGUAAAUAAGAAAAUCCACAGUAAUAUAUCAUGGAUGCUCAUAAAGAUGGAUCUCUGGAAUAGUUUUUGUUUUUUACGCAAAGCUAUACAAUGGCCCAGCUGCGCUCUGUCCACCACGGGGGAUUAAACUCCGGAUUUCAGCGUUGUAAAAUCGUAAACUUACCUUUGACCCUCUGGGUGACUAGCCGAACAGAGAUUUACUUACAGAAAAAAAUCAUCAACGCUGGAUUGAAAUCAAAAGUGGUUCUUGGCAAAAAGUAUCUUUAAGUUAAUAUACUCUUUUUGAAAUUAAAACUUACUUAAUAUUUUUUUAGGAUCCGUAGUGUAUUUCGUAUAAUAACAUAUAUACGAUCCUUCCUGAAGUUGUUAGAUGAGCUUAAAACUGAAAACGAAAUCAUCAACGAAUUUGGUUGCGUCUCUUCACUACAGUUGUCGUACGACAAUAAACAAAAGUUUCGUCAGAGAUAAAAUGUUUACCAGUAACUCAUUAGACGUUAAAUGUUUGUUUAUUUGUAAUUAAGCACAAAGCUACACAAUGGGCUAUCUGUGCUCUGCCCACCACGGGUAUCGAAACCCGGAUUCUAGCGUUGUAAGUCCGCAGACAUGCCGCUGUGCCACUGGGGGGCGACGUUAAAUAGCAUGUCAUGUCACAGCACGUUUGUCUCGAAACUGAAGCUAUUUAACACAAACUUAAGAUGUAAAGAGUUAUUAAAAUGUUUUCUCGUCAACUCAUGUAAGUAACACGAUAAUGAUGAUAUUACAGGAGAAAAUAGUUUGUUGAACAGAUGAAACUUCUUUUAACUGAAAUAACUGUGCAGAAGUAAAACAAACAAUAUUUACAAUUUCUUCGGAAAAUCUAUAAAAAAAACAAACGUUUACAAACAUUAUCAAUUCACAGAAAGGUUCUUCUCUUAUCCUUUCUUGCCCAUUUUUCGAUGCCGCCAUCUUGAAUGGUAUCCAAUUCGGAAGGUUUAUAGCUAGCUGUCCAGAAAAAGACACAAAGUUGUCAGUUGGAGACUGACCGUUUAAAGUGUGAACAUAUGUAGUUUUGGUAGCCACUUCGAUCACCUUAGAAACCCACGUGGUACAUAAUACUAUAGUUUCUUUACGGUAUACGAGUUACCAUAAUAUCAGUUCAGUUGUUUUUUAUAUUUAAGCUGAAAAAAAGAAGGUUUGGUUGUUGUAUUGAAAAAGCUAUAGUAACUAAUCCAUCUUGAAGUGGUCUGUGAUCCACAAAUGGGAAUCAAAGGUAUUUGUACACAGUUCCUGUAAUCCCACCACUAAACGGACUUUUAAUCAGUUCCCCAUACACAAAGUGAUUUGGCGUGCUUUACAACAGAAAAUCCAGCAACAGAAACAAAUAUAAUAUCGUGUUUGUUUGAUUUUUGUACACCGACGUUUAUGUAUUAAUCUUAUACCAGAAUAUACCUAAUAUAUUUAAAAUAUCCAAAUAUUUUAAUUUUUCUUUAAAGUCAGUUGAUUACUCUCGGUUUUUUUCGAAAUAAAAUAGGUCAGAAACAAUAAGUUGUAUUUUGUCAUUAUUUCGAAAGUGAAAUUUAAUGGCGCAAUUAAUUGAAUGUAUUUUAUUUCAGAUUUCUGAGUUGAACUAUUUUUUUCAAACAAAUAUUUUCGGCAGAUGAUUUUUUACGUAUUACACAUUAAAGUCGUCAUUCAAGCUGUUUCUAAGCAACUGAAACGUUAAACAACUUCUAACAAGUUGAGUUAAUAACGCAUGUAUUAAAUUUAAAAAUCCCCUUUUUUAAAUAUAAGUCGUAAUAUUUCAUGGAAAACGCUUAAUCGUGUUAUUUUCACGAUUUUUUGUUCACAAAAAUAGACUCUUACCGGGGAUAAUGACUUGCGAUAAUAUAUAAAGUUGAUUCUAGUCUAUUAAUUUUAGGCCCGAUUAGAGUUCAUGAAGACACGAUAAUAUUAGUCCAAGCUAUUUUUAUGAGGUCUCUGCUUACUAACUGGACUAUAUAAUAUACUGACAUCGCCAAACAAUUAAUUCACAUUGAAUAGCGUCAAGCUCUGCCAUAAACGGUGUAGGAAUAUUGCUCAAAAAUCUCAUGAGAUGGCGCCACGUGUUUCGAUAUUUAUUUAAUGCAAUUUAUUUUCGUUUAAAUAUAAAUUGUUUCAUAUGUGUUUGUAGAUUAAUUUGUUUUUAUUCGCAAUCUAACGGGACUUAGUGAACUGAAAAUGUGCCAUUAAUUUUAUUAUAUGUUCUCUUAAUUCAGAGUUUGUUAUCUGUUUAUUAUCGUAUUUUCUAACUACACACAUAACUUCGUUACUUGGGUAUACUAUAAACAUUAAUUUUUAUUUUGUAUUUUUCUCUAACAAUAAAAGCUCUACUCUG